AAUGCCUGUUUCCUUCAAGAAACUCCCGUAACAUCUCCGCAUCGUGCGCACGAGGAGCCCGCGAGAUCGCGCGCCCGAGCGGUGCGUGUCGCGCCCGGUCACCGGUGGCACUGAGCUGAGAUCAAGGUCCGCGAUCGGUGAGUGACAACGAGCCAUUGUUGUGCGCGUAACGGCGGAGAAACGAGCGGACGGAGAAACGCUGCGCAGCGGAAUCACGCGGCACAGAAUUUCAGAAAGUGAAACUUGCAGAAGCUGAUGUCACAUAUUUUUGCUCUUUCUCGUUCCACGAGCAGUAAGUUUUUAAAGGAGCUUUUUGAUGUAAAACACGCGCAACUGCGCUUUAUUUCACUGCAUAACGCUUAAGUUAAGCGGUCUGCGUGUUGUUGUUUUUUUUUUUUUCGUGGAAAGACCACGUUCAGUUUUGAGUUCAUCGGCGGUUCCUGAGCGGAGAUGUCGGACUCGUACCCGGGUCCGGGGAGCCGUUCACUAGAUCGACGUACAGCUGCUGGUAACCCCCGUGUGCGGAAGAUGUCGGAUCCGGCUCUGAGGAGCAGCCCCGAGGACCCACAUGGAGUCGGCAGCCCCCCCAAGGUGUCGGACCCGGGUUCGAGGAACAGCCCCGCAGACGAGCAGGGACCCCACAGCGUGCAGACUAUCCUCCGAAUGACGUACCUCAUAGCCGCGCUGGACAUCACGUGGCUCUUCGUGCAGAUCUCCAUAACACCGUAUUUGGCAAAGAGGUUGGGAUUUGACACUCUUUGGUUUGGGUAUUUGCAAACCAUGGUUGGAGUAAUUCAGCUGCUGGGAGGCCCUAUAUUUGGCAGAUUUGCCGACUUGUUUGGGGCUCGCAUGGCUCUGGCUCUGUCCUCUUCGGCCUCGGUGGUCUACUUUGUCCUGCUGGCCAUGGCCGACAGCGUGCCCAUGCUGUUCAUCCACAAGCUCCCUGCUAUCUUCAUGCACGCCCUACCAGGCACUCAGAUGGUGGUGGCUGACUUGACGGAGCCGGAGAAGCGGGCGGACGCCCUGGCCAAGCUGGGUCUCUGCUUUGGCUUCGGGAUGAUCACGGGCUCAUCUCUGGGGGGGACGCUCAGUACACGCUAUGGGGAGACAUUUACUGCUUGUAUGUCUGCUGCUGGAAGCCUUCUCAGUCUGGCUCUGGUGUUGAAGUUCAUCCCCAAACACACGAAAAAACGCACCUCCCAAGAAGAGGCAGACAAACGCACUGCAAAGGGUUCAGUGUUCAACCUUGGAGAGAUCACCAGGCUGAUGAAGUUCCCUGGUGUGGCUAAGACCUUCACAGUGAAGAUCAUCUCAGGACUCCCUGGAGGUGUGUUUCAGGUCAUGUUCUCCAUAAUCGCCAUGGACUUCUUCCAGCUGAAGGCUGAGCAGACUGGAUACCUCAUGGCAUACAUCGGGGUUGUGCAGAUGGUUAUACAGGGUGGGGUGAUAGGAAGACUGACAGCAAGGUUCUCCGAAGACACCUUGUUGCUCUUAUCCGUUGGCCUCACUAGUCUGAUCGGCCUCACUCAGAUAGUGAUGACCAACGUGGCGCAGUUCUGCUUCAUCCUGAUUCCCAUGAUGCUCUCCCUCAGCCUGUUCAACGUCAUCACGGACAGCAUGCUGACCAAAAGUGUGCCUCCCACAGAUACGGGUACGAUGUUGGGGAUGUGCGCCUCUGUGCAGUCCUUGCUGCGCACCAUCGGCCCGACCAUAGGGGGGUUCCUGUACCAGAACUACGGCGUUUCCUCGUUUGGCUGCAUCCAGUUUGGCGUCAACAGCUUAGUGUUCAUCUACCUCCUCAGAAGCAGUAGGGGAAGGACUGAAGCGCACAAAGAAUGAGCUGCUGGAAGGAAAAGAGGGACUUCACUGCGAAGGAGGCAUGUAAUAAUGAAGAAUAUUCUGUGAAAUUUUAAUUAUUCUUUGCAAUUUCCUACUCAUU